GAUCGUUUUUGAACCGCACAGAUGACAACAACAAAACAGACAGAGCUACUAAGAGGGUGUUAGCGAAGUUAGCUAGCUACCUGAAAUAAACAACUAGAAUUUUUGGUGUUAGACCACGAGUUUGAGAAAUUAGACAUUUAUUUUACACAAAUAUGGUUAAUCUGUGCAACAACCAUGGUUGUCAGUUAUUCUAGUCUAGUUUAGUCUAGCUAACGUUAGCUAAGUGACUUGCGAAGCUAGCUCUAUGUAUGCCAAGCAAAGACAGGUUAGCUAGCUAGCCUGGAUGUUAGCUUGUUAGCGAGCCCAAGAACAGGGAGAUGCGAGCAAAGUGAGGGUGGCCUAGAAUGACUAAAUGAGCAAGAUAGGCAAAUGCAAAGAACUCUGGGAGAUUCAACAUGAAGUUGUAUGUGUUCCAGGUCAACAAUGGUAGCACAUUGACAUUUGACACUGAUCUUGCUGUCCAAACUGUACUGGAGCUUAAACAUGCCAUCCAAGCCAAAUAUAAGAUUGCAAUUCAACAUCAAGUCCUUGUUGUCAAUGGAGGGGAAUGUAUGGCUGCAGAGAGGCGUGUUUGCAGCUACAGUGCUGGCACUGAAACCAACCCCAUAUUCCUGUUCAACAAAGAGAUGAUCUUGUGUGACCGGGAUCCAACGAUCCCCAAAACCACCUUCUCGAUUGAGAGUGAGAUUCAGGUUAAGGUGGAGGAAUCUCUACUGAUGCCAGCUGUCUUUCACACUGUUGCCUCAAGAACACAACUUGCUCUGGAAAUGUUUGAAGUUGCCAAGAAACUUUGCAGUUUUUGUGAACGAUUGGUUCAUGAUGAACACCUUCAACACCAAGGCUGGGCUGCCAUUAUGGCUAAUCUGGACGACUGCACUCUGUCUUAUCAGAAGUUGCUCGGGAAAUUUGACACUUCAUACACAACUUAUCAGCGUGACUUGGAAGAAAUUAAGGUGAAACUAACAAAGUUAGGCACAUCAGUUUCUGUAAUGGCAAGGAUACCUUUGCUGGAAUGUUUGACAAGACACAGUUACAGAGAGAGCAUGGAGAAGUCCAGUUCAACCCCAGGAAAGGAUUCAGAUGAGACAGAAGAAGAAAAAUCCACUCACUCUGUGCGGCAUGCUACAGAUGCACAGAGGCCCUCCAAGUCAUCAGCAUCCUUCACUGCCCCGGUGACGGCCGCAUGUGAGCCAACUGAAGACCAGGAAAAAAAUGAAACAACGGACAGUAGUGGGCUGAGAGCUGCGUUAUUAGACGAUGAUGACGACGACGACGAUGAUGAUGAUGAUGAUGCUCCAGGGUUUGCCAACCCAACCUGCUUCAAUGUCACACUAUUAGACUGGAUCAACGUGCAAGACCGACCUAAUGAUGUGGAAUCGGUAGUGAGAAAAUGCUUUGACUCCAUCAAUAGGCUUGACCCUCGGAUUAUUCAGCCCUUCCUCACAGAUUGUCGUGACACAAUUGCCAAGCUAGAUAAUCAAAACAUGAAAGCCAUCAAGGGGCUUGAGGACAGGUUGUAUGCUCUUGACCAAAUGAUUGCAAGCUGUAAGAAGUUGGUGAAUGAACAGAAAGAACUAGCUCAGGGAUUUUUGGCCAAUCAAAAGCGGGCCGAAAACCUGAAGGAUACAUCUGUUCUGCCUGACUUGUGUCUAAGUCACACCAACCAGCUGAUGAUCAUGCUGAACAACCACAGGAAGCUGCUAGACAUAAAAAAGAAGUGCACAACUGCCAAACAAGAGCUUGCAAACAACCUUCAAGUCAGACUCAAAUGGUGCUGCUACGUGAUGCUUCAUGCAGACCAGGAUGGGGAGAAGCUUCAGGCUCUACUCAGACUUCUGACAGAGCUAAUAGAAAGAGUGAGGGUGGUGGAGGCCCUCAGUACUGUCCCUCAGAUGUACUGCUUGGCGGUGGUGGAAGUCGUCAGAAGAAAAAUGUUCAUGCGCCACUACAGAGAGUGGGCUUAUGCACUUGUGAAGGAUGGGAAACGACUGUACGAGGCGGAGAAGUUCAAAAGGGAAUCCUUUGGGAAACUCUUCAGGAAGUCUUUCCUAAGAAAUCGUUUGUUUAGAGGACUCGAUUCAUGGCCUCCAACAUCCUUUUGUACCCGAAAGCCCAGAAGGUUUGACGACGAACUUCCAGACAUCUCACUUUAUGACCUGCAGUACUUGAAAUCGUGUUGUCCUGUAGAGGUGCAGCCUUUCCUUAUGGUUCCCACAAUGUGUGACUUCGAACCCUUAAAUCGCCACGUAGAGACACUUCACAAGCUGUUCCAAGCUGCAGAGAGUGUGGAUGAGAUGUCUCAAACUAUUACUGACUUGCUAAGUGAACAAAGGAUAUCCUUUAGUCAAAGAUCAACUGUGUUUACCCCACAGUCUGGAAGCAUACCGGAGACCACAACACCGAGGUCCUCCAAAACCCCUUCCUCUCUUAACCUUCAGGGACCCAGCUGCCAGCCCCUACAUGUUCCCAUCCCAGCUCCUCUAGAGGACUUGUCCCCAGACAGCAUAGAUGCGCAAACAUUUGACUUUGAAACCAUUGGCCACCCAAACAUGGAUACCAUUCUGCACCAGGGCUCCCUUGACUUGGAUUCUCUAGCAGAGAGCCCUGAAUCUGACUUCAUGUCUGCUGUCAACGAGUUUGUGAUUGAAGAGAACAUGACCUCUCCGAAUCCCAUCAGUGACCCUAUUAGCCCUGAAAUGAUGGUGGAGUCGCUGUACUCUUCAGUCAUCAACGCUAUUGACAACAAGCGCAUGCAGGAUACCACAAUAAUAGAGAGGGAGAACUCAAGGAUCGCUUUUCUCAAACAAGUGGUUGACAAGUACCGAUCUGCUGCACAGGAGUCUCAUUCAAACUUCAGAAGUGUAAAGGAGGACCUCUAUCACUUGAGAGGCCUGGUAUUAAAAGAACAACAAGACUUUGGAUUUGUUUUGAAGAAUAUGACCACAGAGGUGCAAAACAUUGUGGACAAAAUCUGCCAGACCCACGAACUGGAACUGAAGGAGCAGCAUCAAAGUGAGCUUCUCUCCCUUCGUCAAGAGCUUGAGAAACAGGUUCAAACACUAACAGAGGAAAACCAAGUAAACCAGAACAUUGUCAGAGAUGUCCAGCACGCAAUGCUGGAGCUGGAGGGGCUUAUGGAGCGCAAAGAGAAAGAACUUACACAGUUUGAAAAUGACAAAGAGCGAUGGGUCGAAGUAGAGAGCAACCAGAAGGAUAGGAUCAAAAACCUGGAGCAAAUGAUGAGUGAUCAAAUCGAAGAGAUCAAGAUACUUUCAGCUUCAAGAGACUCUCUGACCUGCCAGCUUGAGAAUCUGCACUUUGAGAUCGAACGGAGCCAGCAGAAGAUCCGGCAGGAGCUGGAAGUUGUUGAGCAGUCCCACUUAAAGGAGAUGGAGGACAAAAUAAAGCAGGAACACAAAGCAGAAUUGGAGACCCUUACCAAGGUAAACCAGGAGGCUUUGGAACAUCUGGCUCAUGAAAAUACUGCAAAGUUAAUUGAGGCAGCUGAUCACCAUGCCAUUGCACUUCAAGAGAAGGACAACCAAAUGAAGGACUUGGAUGCUCGUAUUACUGAGCUAGCAGAACUCCGCUGCAAAGUAGAGGUGGAGCUAGCCCUCAAAGAGUCCGAGACAGAAGAGUUGAGGCUCUUAUUGGAGGAUGCCAAGAUGCAGCAGGCAGAGACUGUGGAGUCCCAGGUAGAGGCAGCGACCAAAGCCCUUAAUGAAGAGCUGGCAGAUAUCAAAAAACAGCUUGAUGUAAAAAAUGAGGAGUAUGAAGUGGGCCUAGCAGAGCUGAGGACUAUCAUGAGAAUUGAGAGGGACCACUGCAUCUCAGAGCUGGUGGACAGACACGAGGAAGAGACUAUUUUGUUGCGCAAUGAGCUCUCCAGCCUGCAGCGGCAAGCCCAGGAUGCUGAGAAUAACCAUGCUGAGCAGCAACAGAAACUUAAGCAGGAAAUGGACCAGCUAGCAGCUGCUCCAAGUGAUGAAAAAGAAAAGCAGUUGAGGAGCUUCCAGGAACUGGAGCAGGAGCUGAGGACUGUUAUUAGCAAUUUGCAGGCCGAAAAUGACCUGCUCUCCAAAAAACUAGAGCAGGACAGACAUGCAAUCGAGAAAGAUUUAGAAAAAGCAGAGGCCUCUAAGGUUGGAUCACCAGAUGCCUUUAAAGAGUUGGAGCAGCAGAAGGAGGACAUGGAGAAGAGACUGUUAGACAAAGUUAGACAGCUUGAGAAUGAGCUUCAUGAGAGACAAUCCUCCAGAAGUGAUGAAGGGUUGUCCCUGCGUGCUGAGGGGCGUGCAGAUGCCGGAGCACCUCUGUCUUUAGACUCUGCACUACAAGAGCGGCUGCAGCAGGAGAGGGCCUCCCUGCAGUCCCAGAUGGACCUCUUGGAGAAGAAGAAGAAUGAGGAGAUGCAGAACCUCAAGACAUCACUAAUCGCAGAGCAGCAGACUAAUUUCAACACUGUUCUAACCCGAGAGAAGCUGAAGAAGGAGCAGAUCAUCAAUGAGCUCACAGAGAAGUUGCGGAAUGUAACGCAGCAGCAGGAGAAGGACAAAGCUCUGAUAGAGACACUCUCCGAGGACCGAGCUAGUGUCAUGCAGGAGAAAAAACACUUGGAAGAAGAGCUUAACCGCCUGCGCAGCACUACACUGGUCUCCUCUGCCUUCUUCGCUCCUAACCCCUCAGCUCAGGAGAUCACAGAAGCUGGAGCAGGAGCUGCAGCUGCAGCUAGAGCUCUGCCUGUUGCUGGGCCUUUUUCCUCUGACCCCAUGGCUGAAACCGACAGACUGGCCUCUGUGGCGGCCAUUCGAGAUGACGAACAGGUUGAUUCAGCAGUGGAAGCCAGCAUGGUGACAGUCCAUGAUAACAUCCUGAUGUCGGAGGAGAAACAGCGGAUACUCCUACUAAAGGGGGUAAAUGACACUCUCACACUCUGCUUUUUCGAGAGCACAAACCCCAGGGUUUCUGAUUUCAAAGCAGUCGCUGUGUCGUCAGGGCUUGGGACAAAUUCCAUCAAGAGUAAAAGACUGACAAAUACGUGCUGUUCACAUUUUGGCCCCCCCCUUACUUCCUCCCUCAAUCUCUCCUGCACGGGCCUCAAACCAGCAUCAGGGACCUCAAGACGGCCGUGGGUACUUGGAAAGGUCAUGGAGAAGGAAUAUUGCCAGGCAAAAAAGGCCCAGAACAGGUUCAAAGUUCCAUUAGGAACCAAGUUCUACAGAGUGAAAGCUGUUCCGUGGAACAGAAAAGUAUAAUAGCCAAGUAAUGAGCUAAAAAUGUAUAUUUAUAUUGCUUAAUUUUUGAACAGAAACUUCACAUCAUAAUUCUUAACUUGAAAAUCGAAAGACCUUAAAAAUGGAAAGAAUUUAAGAUAGUCAUCAUGCUAUUUUCAAUUUCAGUUCAAUAUCCCACCUGCUACCACAUUUGUUUUCUUUUAAACCCAGAUUUGUUAUUGUGGACCAAAUGCUAUUAACUUUAUUAGGGCAUUGCCCUAUACACUGUGGUGUUAGGCCAUUUGACCUGUGUGUAAAAUUGAACAAAAUUUGGAUGUUAAAUAUUAGUUCUCAUUAUCAGCAUUUGUUCUUUUGUGGAAAAUACUGUGUCAUUAUCAACAUAAUUAAAUAAAAAUAUACAUUUUAUUAUAAAUGUUUAUGGAGGAAUGUUCAUGGCAUGCAUAUUGAUAUAUUUUCUUUGAUUUACUUAUCCAAAUAAAUGUUGUAGUUGGAAAUGUAGUUAAUGCUGUUUGUUACUCACAAAGCAGUGUGGCCCUCUGUCAAUACUGAAAUGUACAUUAUGGCUGACUGAUGGAAACAGUCGUCUUUGCAAUCCUUGAAAUGCACUUUCAAAAACAAUGCUUUUGUUGAUUUAAUAAGGGAAGUUAAUUGAGCUGUCAAAACUAAGUAAAUAUAUCAGCACAAACUUCUCACUGUCAUAGAAUAUUGAUAUGUAGAAAGGAAUACUUUGUGACUGUGUUUCAUUAUCGGAGGACAUUGUACAUUAUCCAUCCAUUCACACAUGUAACAAUAAUUGACUGUAUUGUAAAAGAUAGAGUUUUGAAACAAUAAAGGAUUGAUCCCAAACAUA